AGCAUGGGUACUUUUUACACGAACAUGAUGUAUGACACGCGAGAUGUCUUCACCGUCUUGAACUUGGCACUCACGUUUACGCUUCGCCCUAUGUUGUAAACCAUUUCUCUUCAGCCGCCUUUCUUGAAGCCUAGCUUUCAUAGCUGGAGAAGACUCCGAGUAUGCCUCUCUUGUUUGGGUUUCUGAGACAAGCAGGGGUGACAAACGCACCAACGAAAAAACAAACGCAAAAUCGAUACAAGAGAGCAGAGAGUAACUUUGCCAAAAGAACAGCGCGAGGGGAAAAAAGGGAAGAAGGGCAGCCUAUUGUAGGACAACAGCAAACUGAACUUUUACAGAAUACACGCGAAUGUACUUUUAAAGUUUAAUGCAGUAUAUAGAGCCAAUUUGAUCGGGCCAUGGUUUGUGUUCCGUGUGCCAAAACGCAGUUGAACUGAUUCGGCCAAGAAUUCGACAAUAUUAGUCAGCGAGUGGACAAUCGCGGGAAAUUUUCCUGGUGUUCCCGCGAUAAGACAGCCUGUUAGCACAGAAGAGACGCCCUCGCAUUGGUUUAUUGCGAAUUUGGGUACGGCCAAGAAAGAAAUUCAGUCUUUUGUCAACAAAAAGCACGUCGGUAGGCUUUAAAGCGUGCUAUUUACUUGGUGGCAGAAGCACGUCCGCAACAUAUCAGGAUAACCAGCGAUGUUUACAGAAGCCGAGCAGAACUUUCGUUUUGCGUCUUUGUUUGUCAGGGGUUACAUACACUGUUUGUAUUUUAAAUACACUGAAAGGCAUUUGACUGUGACUCUUAUUUGCCCUCAUUCGAAACGUCUGAUCGUGUUCAAUCGGUUUUUUCUUGAAAUUCCACGAAGAGCAAGGGCGGCCUACAAUUUUGCCGGCGGGCAACGUCUACCAAUAUCAUGAUCAUCAUCAAUGUCAAUACCGAUCAGAUAUCGCUCAUUUUAUAUACUGAAGAAGGGCGGCUAAGCCCGCAGGCCAAACGCUUAUGGUCAACCAGCUACUAUUUGACAGUUUCAAGAGCCCUAUAUUUAGUUUAUCGUCAUAGUGUCACGCAUUUUGUGAGUUUUUGCUCAUUUCUGCUGAUCACUUAGAUCUAUCUGUUAUAGUCAUUUUAGACGCUUAUCACAGAGUGGAGGAGAAUUUCUCAAGUUAUGUUGCUAGUUGCUAUCGCGAUAGCGGUGGUUGCAUUUUCCACGCUUUUAAUCAUUUUGCGAUUUUCGUUGACGACAAACAAAGCCAAUUUGAAUGUAAAAGGAAAGUUUGUUCUGAUAACGGGCUGCGACUCGGGCUUCGGUCGUGAAACAGCCAUUAAACUGGACAAGAUGGGUGUCUGUGUGUUGGCGACUUGUUUAACGAAAGAAGGAGAGCAAAGUUUAAAAUCGGCGACGAGCGAUAAAUUGAAAACAUUCCAGAUGAAUGCGACAGACUCACAACAGAUAGAGGAAGUCUUCUGCAGAGUGAAUAAACUUCUUGGUGGCAAAUCAGGCCUAUGGGGACUGGUCAACAAUGCUGGGAUGUUAAGUAUUGGACCCGCAGAGUGGGUACCACUUGCUGAUUUCAAGAAAGUAGCAGAUGUUAACUUGUGGGGAGUGAUGGACGUGACAAAGACAUUCCUACCACUGGUAAAAAAGGCCAAGGGACGCGUCGUGUUUGUCGGCAGCGUAGCAGGUGUAGUUUCGCCCCAAGCGUUCUCUCCAUACUGUAUUACCAAAUAUGGCGUUGAGGCAUUUGCGGAUUCUUUGAGACGCGAGAUGCGCCCGUUUGAAGUGCAGGUCAGCGUUAUUCAGCCUGGUGCUACGCAGACUCCGAUGUUGAAUGAUGAACUAUUGGCAUCUCGCUUAAAAGAACUAUGGGAUAACCUACCAUCAGACAAACGACUGGAAUACGGCGAAGAAUAUCUUAAGAACGCCAUCCAGGGAUUUCGUGAUUGGUGCAAAUCUGGUUCCAAUAAAGUGAGUCACGUGAUCGACGCGAUUGUGUCGCCGUUGACCUCACAGUUUCCGAAGGAGCGAUAUGUGAUUGGCUGGGACGCGUGGCAAUUGAAACUAAGUUCCCAUCUGCCUGAAGUGCUGCAAGAUCUCCUCGUCAAAGAUUUCCCGUUCAAAAUCGUGACACCGCCUGCCCAAGAUGUCCCUGAAUGUCACGUUAACGGUACAACCCACUGACUACUGAUAACACUAGAGGAGCUGCGUGGAUUGAGAAAAUCAAUACUUUCUUUUAGUCAAAAAUUACUUUAACACUGACUAGCUCAGCAUGGACUUUUCUUGGUCAAAUAUGUUACAAAGGUCGCCGCUGAGGAUACACUCUUAAUUUUUUGUAUUAAAGCACAUCUAAUUUUAAGGCCAAACGUUCACAGUUUUUUCCUUCGCUCUUUGAGCCUUUCAGUGAAGUUACCGUUACCAUUUUUAAUCGUUUAUUCUUUGGAAGUUUUUUCUCAUAGCUUCCAAUAGCUGUAAAUGAAAAAAUACAACUGAUAGAAACCAAAGUUCAACCUUUGUAAGGAAUUCGAAUCUGACUGUUUUCUUUGUAGUUCAUUUGGGUUAAUCUCAGCACCAACCGACACCGUACUUAUGAAAAGGUUCUCACAAGAAAAGACUGUAAUUAUCACUUAAGUUACGAAUUACUUUACUAAAGCAGUAAGUCGAUUUGAAGAAUGUUUUUUUCAGCCGUGGAAUAUUUAUGUACAGGAGAGCUAAUAUACGUAUAUGCAUAUAUCUCUGUUCAUUUUAUAAAGUUUAAAUUGUAAAAAUGUAACACAAACAGCGGUGAUAAACAUUUUAAAAACAUGCAUUUUAUGAACUUGACGUUUUUAAAAUGUUUAUCAGUUUGUGUUAUAUUUUUAAUCAAGCCACGAUGGCCGAAGACCAAGAGUUUAAAUUGUAAAACUGAGUUAUUUGAUUAAUGACAACAAAGAACUAAAGCAAUGGCUAA